AUGUACGAUGAAUUGAAAAAUGAUAUCAAUAUUCUCCUGGAAAGUAUACAAAUUAAAAAAGUAUCUGAAAUCGAGGAAAAAAUGAAAAGCAAGGAUAGGAUUAAAGAGCUAUAUAAUAAUAAAUACAAAUUGAAAUCACUAGUAUUGCGCUGCAUUGCACCAGAACCAGAAAAAAGAAUAGAUGCAGCUUUUAUUAAAAACUGCGUCUUAAAAAAAGCAACGAAGCUUGAGAAAGAACAGAAACUUGAGUUCGAGAAAUUGUUCCAGGCAGGAAUUCUUGAUCAGGUUGAACAUUUAAUCAAUAAUAAUUUCCCUAUUGAACGAAUUAUAGAGAAACUCAACUUGGUAGUUCCAUUGCCCGAAUUCGUUGCUAGAAAGAAUGAGCUGUCUUUUAGGGCAGAAAAAAAUACCAAAUAA